AUGAACUUUAACAGUUUUAACUAAGGAAAUUAGCCAAAUGGCUAAAACUAUUAAUUUGUACUACCUUUUAUGAAUCUUUUAAGAUAAAUUCACAAGAGAAAAAAAUUUAAUGGAAUUUCUUCUUAAGGUCUCUAAUUUCCUAUGAAUGCUAAUGGUUAACUAUUUUAGUCUUCAAAUAGAUAGAAUUCCUAAAGCUUUUAAAUUGCUAUGAUCAAUAAUCUACAGCUGUCGCAAUAGCUAAUGCCUAACUAAAAUCAAAAUCAAUAUAUUAUUCAAAAUUAAAUUACCUACCAUCCUAACGGCAACUAGUUACUGUCUAUCAAUCAAUCAUGUUAAGCCCAAAAUAUAUACAAUUUGAAUAAUAAUAAUUAUGUCAUGAUAAAUAACAAAAUUGGGGCAUAAGGAGCAUAAGAUUUGUGCUAUAGUUUGGCUUGCUGUUAUAAACUUUAGAGCUUGGAUCUCAAUUUUAGGUAAAUAUUUUGA